AUGUUGGACACUGUGACUGAAGAAUCACAGGUACCAGAAAAAGAGACAUUUUUGAGGAAGUGUGUGGAGAACACACUGGAGCAAUGCAGUGUCUGUGCAAAGCCCAUCAUGGAAAGGAUCCUCCGAGCCACCGGGAAGGCCUACCAUCCCCACUGUUUCACUUGCGUGAUGUGCCACCACAGUCUGUAUGGGAUCCCCUUCACUGUGGAUGCUGGUGAGAACAUCCAUUGCAUCGAGGAUUUCCAUAAGAAAUUUGCACCGAGAUGUCCAGUGUGUAAGGAGCCCAUCAUGCUGGCCCCAGGACAAGAGGAGGCUGUACACAUUGUUGCUUUGGAUCGUGAUUUCCAUGUCCGGUGCUACUGAUGUGAGGACUGUGGUUGCCUCCUGUCUGAAGGGGACAAUCAGGACUGUUAUCCUCUGGACGGGCACAUCCUUUGCAAAACCUGCAACUCUGUUUGGAUGCAGGCUCUGACUGCCAAGGCCAUCACUGAUCUCUGA